AUGGCGGACAACGCCUGGCAGCACACGUCCCCUGGGGGAGGAAGUCCGACGAUGCUUCGAUCGCCUUCGGCUGGCGGCCACACUUCAGACGCCGCUCUUCACCCGUAUGCGUCGACGCAUUCCGCGAGUAGCAACGCAAGCCUCUGCUCCGACAGAGGCCAGCCCGUCUACGUCUCCUCGACUUCGGCGGUUUUUCCCGCGAGUUCGCACGCAUCUGGAACUGCGUCUGAGGCAGACGUUUGCUACAGAGCUCCGGCGCUCUCCUGCGGGCCCGUGGGCAUGCCUAUCCCCUCCUGCGUCCGCCCCGGCAUCGCCUCUCCCCCCACCUCGCCGCCGCCCACAGCCGUCGAUGUGAACCCCAUGAUUCCCAGCAAGUUCAAGUACUCCUUUCCACGGAACAAGAUCCCGCGACACAGAAGCUACGAGGUCCUUGUCAUUGAGGAGGACCCGCAGGCGAUCUGCUUGAGCCGCUGUGGCCGCCUCGUCGUCAACCAGGAUGAAGCUCUGAACAAAAUCAAGAAGCCGCACACGAAGAAAUCCAUCUUUGGCAUUGCGAAGAAGUCAGGAACAAACCUGAGCGACGCCCCAGGGACGGUGCACCCGUCGAGCAAGCUGUCCAUGUCGCCCGCUCAGAACCUGUCUCUGGCGAGAGCGGGGACAACCUCCGUCCCCUCGGCCGCCAGAGAUCUCGAGGGGACUAAGCCGGCGGGAGAGGCGCCGAAGAAGCAGAAGGGAUGGAUGCGGAAUUUCCAAUGCUUCUUGUGCACCAGCCCGGAUUACUUGACAACAGAGCAAGCAGCCUUGGAAGAACAAAAGGAGCAACUCGACGAGGCGAUCACCGAGUUCCAGGAAACGAACCGUGUGCAGGUUAUCCGGCUUUUCGAGACGGAGAAGAGACUCGCGCAGGAGCACGAGGCCCGGGAGCAGCUACAGCUCCAGCUGGAAUACGAAACCAGCGAACUGAAAAAGAAAAACUCACAGCUCGAGAAGGAGACCAAGCUUGCAGAGAAAUCCAUGAAUGAGCUGCGUGAAAAGGUCGUCAAGACGAUUGAGACAGUGUACACUAUUCGCGAGAGCGCCGAUACUUCUGAGCUCGACGCCGUCCUCCGUGGCUUCUGCAGUGAGGUCGCUGGUGUCCUCAACGAGGCUCAGGAGUCUGGCAUGCGCGGUCCCACGAUUAUUAUCCCGCAGCCGCCGCCCCUGCGUCGACCGCUCCCCCAGGAGGUGUCUGAUUCGCCGGCGUAUCCGCCUGCGGGUUCGCGCGAGACUUCGCCGGGGCUCGCGACGCCAGGGGAACGGGUAGAGCCGGAGGAGCCCGUAUUGGCAAAGAAGAAGACUGUGAAGAAGAAGAAGGUCACGAAGGAGGGGAAGAAGGUCACGAUCAAGAAGAAGGCGGCCACCGGCAAGAAAGGGACGAAAAAAGCAGCUGGCGCCAAAAAGGGCGCUGCAAAGGGCGUGAAAGGCCAGAAAACAGGGCUGAAGAGGGGAGCGGCGGGGGCUAAGAAAAAAGGGUCACCCAAGAAGAAGACCGGCAAGGCCGUCACGCGCCGAGCCAAAGGUGUGACAAAGAAUGUGAAGAAGAGUGUCCAAGCUGCAGGUGCCGCGGUUCCCAUUGCACUGCGCUACGCCGAAGGGCUCGCGGGUAAGACCUCUCCGCAAGCCCACCUGCAGCAGCAGCUCCUCGAAAUGCAACAGAACGGGCAGCUCUCGUCUCAGGCAGGCGUCUGCACCGCAGCUCGCGCAAACGGAGGCCUGCAGUUCCUUUUGUACCCGGGCUUUCUGGAGCAGCCUUCUAAGCCCCUGAAGGCAACAGGCUCCACUGAGGGCGUUGCCGGGACCGCAGGCGCGCAGGACGAUCUUCUGAAGCGUCUGCCGUCGGACCCCAAUUUGUUGGCGAACUUGAUCAUUGAGAAACAGCUGGGUGCCUAG